AUGGAUCCUGAAUCUGCUGCUAUAAACAAUGCUACAGAAGCUUUUAACAUAGAAAAACUAAACAUUCUGCAGGCCAUACAAUCUGGAAUAAAUAAUGAAAAUGUGAAUAUACUCGAAGAAGAAGAUGAUGAUGAUGAUGGCGAUGACGAUGAUGAUGACGAUGAUAGCGGAUAUUCUUCAAGCAUAUUAGAAGACUACACGGAAUAUGACAACGAUAAUAAGUCUAUAUUAUUAAGACAAGCACAAGAAGAGUGGGAACAAUCUUUACAGCAGCUAUCAGAAGCCUUGAAUUGGGUCAUAUUCCCGCUACUAGGUAAAUUUUUGGGCAGGAGAUGUGCACAUAAUAUAUGGAGAUCUUUUAUGGAAUACUUAUAUAGCAAGAAUUAA